AUGGGCAAUACACUAUCCAACAAUCAAAUUGCUCUUCAUAUGUUCUUCGGAGAAAAUUAUAAUGAAUAUUGGUCUAUCAAAAUGAAGACCUUCUUUAAAUCUCCAAACUUAAGGGAUAUUGUCGACGAAGGGUUCACUACUCCUCCUAGCGACACUUCUAAAUUCUCUCAAGUGAAAAAACAUAAGUUAGCCAAGGAUAUGGAAAAAGACAACUUUACACUCUACAACAUUCGAAUGGCUAUGGCGGAUCCAAUUUUUCCAAGAAUUAGCGAUGCUACAAGUGCAAAGGAAGUGUGGGAUACCCUAAAGGAGGAGUUCCAAGGCAAUGCAAAGGUACGAACUACUAAACUUCAAACUCUACGAAGAGAAUUGAAGAAUAUGAAAAUGAAGGAUUCUGAGACGGUAAAUGAAUAUUAUUCUCGAGUAAGGGAAUUAGUUAACCAACUAAGAGCUAAUGGACAAGAUAUUUCUGAUAAAAGAAAGAAAAUUCAAGAUAUAAGGAAAGAAAAUUUGGAGAAAGUUCUAGAAGCGGAAAUUCUAGAAUUAAAGAAAAUAGAGGAAAUAAUUAUGAAGAUACGAAAUUCAGUUACCCGCCAUGUCGGGUCUACAAGAAAACUAGUCAUUUUGAAAAAGACACAUGAAAUCCGAGAGCAGUUUUUUAUAAUUGCCUUCUCACAUCACCGACUUGUGGCGGCACGUGAAUAUGACCCUGGCGGCGGCAAUGGCCGUAUAAGAUUCUUCCUCCUCUUAGGUUUCACCUCGUACAUCGAUAGCGGUUGCAGUAAUCACAUGACGAGUAACGAGAAGAUCUUUCAAGAUAUAGACAAUUCCAUGAAGACAAAAGUAAAACUAUGCAAUGGAGCCCUGGUGGAAGCUGAAGGUCUAGGCACAAUUGUUGUCAAUACUAUGAAAGGUACGCGUCUUAUUCAAUAUGUCCUACGAGUGCCUAAACUUGACACAAAUCUCAUAAGUCUGGCUCAGAUAAUGGAGAAAUGA